AACCAUAGCUGGGUUUGUCAAGUCGCCUAUGUCAGAAACUAAACUAACAGGGGAUGCCUUUGAACUUUACUGUGAUGUGGCGGGGAUCCCCACACCGGAGAUCCAAUGGUGGUAUGCUGAAGUCAACCGGGUUGAGUCUUUCAAACAGCUGUGGGAUGGUGCAAGGAAGCGCCGGGUCUUUAUAAAUACAGCCUAUGGCACAAAUGGGGUGAGUGUGCUGAGAAUAACACGUCUGACACUGGAGGAUUCUGGCACAUAUGAGUGCCGGGCAAGCAACGACGCCCGACGGAAUGACCUGAGACAAAACCCAUCCAUAACUUGGAUCCGAGCCCAGGCCACCGUAAGCGUCUUGCAGAGGCCAUUGAUCAAUGCCAGUGAAGAUGUUUUUAUAAAGCCUGGCCCCAUUUUGUUACAGUGUAACCUCACCCAAAAUGGAAGCCUUGGGUCCGUUAAUGUCACCUACUGGACCAAGAAUGGAGUGGAGUUAGCGGACUCUCGGAAAAAAGAUUCAUCCACCAUGGAAUACAAGAUCAAUAAACCUAAAGCUGAGGAUUCAGGAGAAUAUUUGUGUGUAUUUACUUUUGCCAGCGGUUCUCCAUCAGUCAAUGCAACCAUUGAAGUUAAAGCUGCUCCAGACAUCACUGGACAUAAAAAAAGCGAGAACAAAAAUGAAGGCGAAGAAGCUCUUUUAUAUUGUAAAUGUGUAGGAUACCCACACCCAGACUGGUAUUGGUUCAAGUUGGUUAAUGACGUGCCAAAUCUACUAAAUAAUGAGAGUGGACGUAUAUCUAUCACCAGCAAAGAAAACAUCACUGAGCUGAAAAUCACAAAGCUGGACAUCAGCGAGGACCCUGGUGUGUACAUAUGUAAUGCUUCAAAUUCGGUUGGCAACACUACAAGCCGCAUCAUCUUGAGAGUGCGCAGUCACCUGGCUCCUUUGUGGCCCUUCCUUGGCAUUGUAGCAGAAAUUGUCAUCUUGGCGGUUAUCAUUGUUGUGUAUGAGAAGCGCAAAAGACCUGACGAGGUUCCAGAUGAUGAUGAACCAGCUGGACCAAUGAAGAGUAACUCUACAAAUAACCACAAAGAUAAAAAUUUGAGGCAAAGAAACACAAGCUAA